AAUCUCAGGAACAUUAUCUCAUAGCAAAAAAUCUUAUGGUGAUAAAGAAACCCACACGUUUACAGGAAUAAAGAUCACAUUAUUUGAACCAACGCCAGUUUCAGAGGUAGCAGCAACGAGUCAAACAGUUUUACUUGAGUCACCCGGCGAUGAGUCAAGAAAUGAAAGCACGUUGAAGCUAGAAGGAAGUAUUAAAACGAUUUCUGAAAUUAUUUCCAGUGGCACAGUUACACCAAGAAUAAAUACUGAAGGAAGUGCGUCAGUGCUCACUGGCUUCAAGACCGUGUUUGUAGAUACACUCACACGACAAACUCAAAAGAACUCGGACAAGGAAACAACUUCUCGACUUAAGACUCAAACUGGAUCUUCUGUUACUCUGGAAACGUCAGCCGGUAAAAACAAUGAAGAACGUACAGUUACGGGAGAGGUAAAAAAAUUUUCAAAUGGUUUCACCCCACUCUUACCAAAUUCUCAGUCUAGUGGUAGUAAUGGACACACAACCCGAACGAAACCACCACCAGAAGUUAGAACAAUAUUUUUCCCCCUUCCUGGUAAUAAAAACCAAAUUCCAGGUACUUCCAAAAAAGAGGAAAUGUUGAGUAAUGACAACACACCUACGCGUUAUGUUACCAGUUUGGAGUCUGCAACCCGAACAUUAAUAUUAACAACCACUAAAAUGAUUUACACUCGGGAAAGUACACUUACCAUAUCUUCUAUUUUUACCACCACAAUUGCACCACGCACGUUUGUAUCCACUAUAAUUGGCAACAAGACUAUUUUGGGAACAUUCUCCAAACCAACAGAAUCAGUGAAGAUCGAAAAAACAGAAUUACCUUCAGAAUCAACAACAACAACGGUUACUACUACAACAAUGGUCUUUAAUUCUAUCACUACAACUGUAGUUCGAACGUUAGUCUUGCAAAAUGAAGAAAUAAAACCAACCAAAAUAUCCAACGUAAUUCCAUCCACAACCACUGAGAAUAUUUUCAAAGUAAAUGUUCGAACUAGGUUCUCCCCGCCCGGUUCAACGACUCCAAAAGUAAGAACCUUAUUCAAGGGUAGCUUCUCAGCAACACCAAAAAGGAAGACUGACCCAACUAAAACCACGACAAGGAAGCCAUUUUUGUUAUUUAGACCUAGAAACCGUCCAACAGUUCCAACAACUCCAGCUCCCAAAUUCAUCGGUCCGAUCCCCAAGCUGAGAUUCCCCACAAGGCCACCUACUCCACCACCAACGUCCCCUCCACCACCAAAAUCAACAACCUCGAGUGGAAAAGAUUCGGAUGAAGAAACUAAAGAAGAACGCUGUAUACCUGAAUGUAAUGCGAAAAACAAAGAAAUGUGCAAGAAGACCCCUGUCGGUUUGUCUUGCGAGUGUAGACCUGGAUUCGCUCGAACUGAGAACUCAACAUUGUGUGAAGAUAUCAAAAGUUACGUAGUGGUGCUCCGUCUGGUGAGGAUGAAAGAAUCGAUUCUUACUUACAAAACAGAAUUCUCCAACAGUUUAUCUCCUGAAUUUAAAGAGCUGGCAGUGAUGGCUAAGAAAGGAAUUCACCAGGCAUACGAAAACUCCAAAGUCAAGCAAAAUUACGUCACUGCUGAUGUCAACAGUAUAAUCAGCGUUGACGAGAUGAACGAGUUAAAUGAAGUGGAUGAAGGCGGCGUCCUUGUAAAUUUUACGGUUCGUGUUAAGCGAAACUCUGUAAUUGAUGAAAACUUAUUGAGUGAAGAGCUCUCGCAAUCCAUCCUAGCGUCAAACUACAGCGUUGGAAACACGGAGCUUUAUGUCAGUUCGCUGACACAAAGUGUACAAAAUGUCCAAGAUUUUAACGAAUGCGUGAAAGAUUACAACGACUGUGCAAGAACAGCCAUAUGCAUAAACCAACCGGGAACGUAUACGUGUAAAUGUAAAGACUUCUAUGAAGACCUUGACCUUAAGCUACCAGGACGGGUGUGUUCAGGCGAGAUCAAAAACUGUGACUAUUGUAAUUAUCGUGGGGACUGUAUCAUGACCGACGAAGGUUCCAGAAUUUGCAGAUGUCAUCGACUGUACCUUGGUACCAAAUGCCAUAUUAACGGUCUUAUAUUAGCUAUCGCGCUACCCAUCACCGCUGCCUUGCUUAUCUUAAUAAGUUGUAGCUUGUUUUAUUGCUAUCGACGGUGGCUCCGACAACGGCAACAAAAAGUCAAAAGUAAUGCCAUGAUACGAGCUAUGGGAAUGAACAAUGGAGUACCAAAUGAAGGCGCCAUGGACAAAAAGGCUAUGAUCUUGAACUCCUCAAUUAAUGGCAGUAUUGACCAUGGUGUACGUCACCCAUACGCUUUCGAUAAUCCUUAUCAGCCGGAAGAUGGCACCCUACCAAGAAAGACCAAUAAGGAAAGCGAGGCAAGUCUCGGUCGCAGUUGGUCCACUGGUGUUAGUGUACAGCCAGUGAUUAUUCCACGUGUAAAACAUCACCAUCAGCUCAGUUCCAAACAGACUGGAAAUAAGGACAUUGGUGACGGUGGCCAAACUGGACACGAUACUUCUGAGGCUGCAAAAUUGCAGAAGGGUUUGCUGGCACUUUUAGAAGAACCCAAACACCCAAGAAGUCUUCUCAAUAUGAAAGAAACCAGCUCGUUUGCCACAUUACCUACGAGACUGAAACUUUCUAUUCCAGAAGAAGCUGGAGCUAGCUCGAGAAAAGGGAAGAUACUAAGGCACUCAAGCCACUUUUAUUCUAAACCAAGGGCAUUGGAGGUAGCCUCGCCAGAUUCUAAAGCUUCUUACGUCAAUAAUGUACCAACAUUAGAAGUUUCACAUAGGCUUCCGGAAACGGCAGGUCUGAAAGUUGACAGAUUAGCUAGUGACUUUGAUAGAAAUAGUCAAGCCAAUUCAGAGGACAGAAGAGGACUUCAAAAGGUUGAAAGUUGGCAGGGUCUCCCAAGAGUUGCCAGUAAAAGACGGGAUUCGGAGACUAAUAUGAGCGUAGAGAAGAGAAAAAGUAGUACUGUCUACCAACCAAGUCAAACCUAUGAAAAUGUCAAAUUCAUGAAAGAAGGGGCUUUCCAAUCAUCAAGAGAAUAUGCAAACAUCCACACGGGUUCAUUGCCUGCGAAUGUCAAGGGGUUUAGGUCAACAUCCCAGAUGGAAACUGACAGCCAAUAUUCCAAACGUUCCUCUUUUGGCCCUUUUUACAGCAACAUUCUCGAGAUGAAGACUCAACUUGGAGAAUUUGAAGACGAUGAAAGCAGUCUGGGACUGGCAAUGAAACCAGUGUUCCUGCCGAAAGUACGCGUUUCUAAAAGAAAGGUUACGCCAGAACGUAAAGAAGAUGUGCCAAUACAACAUUAUGAUGCGCCGACCACCAGAUGGCAGGAUAAAUCGUCGCGUUUAAACAACACGGAGAAAACUCUAGUGAACGAUCUAGUGCAAGUGUAAAAUAUGUUAAAUAAAGAAAUUCUUAAAAAAGACAAAGUUAAAAUGUGAAUAAAUAAAAAACUUUUCAAGUUUUAGAUUAAGUAACUGAAUUGAUACAGUUUUGCAUCUUAAGAUUAUAUAAUUUUUUGUGGAGCACAAUGUUUCACAUUAAAAAAUGUGAAUAUAAUUACAAAUAUAUAUCUAUGUGAAAAAAUAUUUUAGCUUCAUAAUCAAACUAACUUAUACAGAGUAAGAGAACUAACAUCUCUUCGUAAACGUAUUAUUCGGAAUAGUUAAAGUAACUUUUAACGAUCUGAUUGGAAUGUAUAGUAAAGUGGGUCUAAGUUCCGAAUAAUUUGUGUAAAGGCAUGAACGAAUAGUAUUUUGGAAUAUGUGAGUAUUUUAGCAACGUUCAUAGCAUAGCAGAUCAGCAGAGAUUAAACGUUAACAUUUUAAAACUAAUGUAAUGAAGAUCCGAUGUUUAUUCAGUAGAUAUUCCCAAAAUUACUAAUACUAUCUUUACUGAUUGCUUGAAAGAAAUUUUUUCUGAUGUCAGAUGUAAUUUUUGGAGCUGUCAUUUACACAUUUAGGUUUCGCUAGACAUUAGUAACUGCAAGCACACAAAAAAUAGAUCGUGUUACAAUAGAAUUACUGCUUUUCUGUAACCUGUAGUUCUAGAGCCAUUUUCAAAGAUAUACUUAGUACUUGAAAGUUAACAGAAUGAUGUCACUUAAAUUAGUCAUAUUCCAUUUUCUGUCGCUUUGCCUUCAUGGAUGCCUUUUGAUAUUGUAAAACGAAAAUGUUUUUAAUGAAUUCGAGCUUGUAUGAAUUAUUGUAUAUGUGAUGUGUAUUUACAGAUUUACAAACCAAAAUGCUUCUCAUGAAAUAAAGAAAAUAGUUUAAUACGG